AUGGCGGAGACGCUGCAGCUCUGCGUCGCCGUCAGCGACAUGGCGGCGCCCGGCGCGCCCAUGGUUUAUGUGAACGGCGAGUUCUGCCGCAUGACGGGCUACGCGUUCGACGAGUGCGUCGGGCGGAACUGUCGAUUCUUGCAGGGCCCGGAGACGGAGACGGACGCCGUGGAGAUUCUGCGGGAGUCCCUGGCGGCGCGCAAGGGUGCCCACGUCGUCAUCAAGAACUACCGGAAGAACCAGGAGCCCUUUCGAAAUCUUCUGACGAUGACGCCCGUCUACGACGGCGACGGCUGCUACCGCUUCGUCAUCGCGGUCCAGUUCGAGCUC